CCUUCUCACCUUCACAAUUUUCUCUCUCUCUCACGCUUCUAAAAGCUUUUCUUUCUCUCUUUAGAUAAUAUGGCUGAAACUUCUGAUGUAUCGCCAUUGAAGCGUUACCGAGAACAAGAAACCCUAACCGAACAAGAAACAACCAAACGUCAAAAGCCAUCAUCAUGUUCUUCCUCUUACAACCAAAUUCUCUGUCUCCUCGACGAUUCAGACGAACAGAACCAACACAACAAUGACCUAACCUCCUUUAUAAACGCACUCCAGCAAGAAAUCUCAUCAGAUGAACAAACCGGCGUCGUUUCUGAAACUUUCAACGUAGAAGACUCGUCCUCCUCGUCUUCUUCGUGCGUUUCCUCAAAGGAAGAAGAAGUAGAAGACGACAACAACAAGGAGAAAGUGAUGCAGCAUCUCUUGGAGGCUUCGGAUGACGAACUUGGGAUACCUAACACCGAUUUUUGCGAGAGUAGUUAUGAAAAGAUUAAUGAGGAUUACGUUUAUGGAGCUAGUUUGUUAGAUGGGUUUGGUGAUGCGUUUUGGGAGCUUGAAGACGAAGCUGCUAACUAUUACACGUUGCUACAGUCUGAGCUCUUCAUGUAGAAAUUAUCCAAGUUUUAAAAAACGUAAAUCUCGAAGAAUAGGCCAAUAUAAAAGAAACAAGUGGAUGUCUUUUUUUAAUAUGGAAAUUAAUUUCAUUUUUUAAGACACA